GCCGGCGACCUGUGGCAUGAGCGCACGGCGGAAGCCCUGAACUACCUGCCAUUUGCUCUGUCCUUUAUAGUGAUGGUACAGGAAAAAGAGGAAUGGAUAAAAACAUUGGUGAGCAACUCAAUAAAGCAUAUGAGGCCUUCCGACAGGCAUGCAUGGAUAGAGAUUCUGCAGUAAAGGAAUUACAGCAAAAGACUGAGAACUAUGAACAGAGAAUACGUGAGCAACAGGAACCGGUGUCACUUCAACAAAUGAUUAUUGACAAGCUAAAAUCACAGUUACUUCUUGUGAAUUCAAGACGAGAUAACAAUUACAGUCAUGUUCCCUUGCUUGAAGACGGUGAAACAAACAAGAAUAAUUUGACUCCUGAUCAUCCACAUGAUAAAAUGAAACCAGGAAUGUCAAAAGACAAAGAAUCAAAGGUAGACUUACUUUCAAAUUUAUUUUCUAAAUAA